CGCAGCCGGUCCCGCCCGCGGCUCCGACCCGCUGGAGCCCACGUCCCUCCGGGAGCGCGCGCGCCGGUGCGGGUGCGUGCGUGAGCGUGCGCGUCUCCGCUGUCGCUGUCGUUGUCGUUGCCGGUGCUGCACCCGCGCCCUCUGCCGCUGCCGCCGCCGCCGCCGCCGCCGCCGCCCGGGGUCUCCAGACUGAGGAGUGUUCCGGCCGCUGCCCAGCAGCGCCGCGGAGCAGGGAGCGGAGCCGGCGGGAGGGCGGGCGGGCGGGUGGACGGACGGGCAGAUUAGCCUAACAUGGCAGACCAGCGACAGCGCUCACUGUCUACCUCUGGGGAAUCGCUGUACCACGUUCUUGGGCUGGACAAGAACGCAACCUCAGAUGACAUUAAAAAAUCCUAUCGGAAACUUGCCUUGAAAUAUCACCCCGACAAGAACCCUGACAACCCGGAGGCUGCAGACAAGUUCAAGGAGAUCAACAACGCCCACGCCAUCCUGACGGACGCCACAAAAAGGAACAUCUACGACAAGUACGGCUCACUGGGGCUCUACGUGGCUGAGCAGUUUGGGGAAGAGAACGUGAACACCUACUUCGUGCUGUCCAGCUGGUGGGCCAAGGCCCUGUUUGUCUUCUGCGGCCUCCUCACGUGCUGCUACUGCUGCUGCUGCCUGUGCUGCUGCUUCAACUGCUGCUGCGGCAAGUGUAAGCCCAAGGCACCCGAAGGCGAGGAAACGGAGUUCUACGUGUCCCCUGAGGACCUGGAGGCACAGCUGCAGUCCGAUGAGAGGGAGGCCACAGACACGCCGAUCGUCAUACAGCCGGCAUCUGCCACCGAGACCACUCAGCUCACAGCCGACUCCCACCCCAGCUACCACACCGACGGGUUCAACUAAAGCUGGGAGCAGCUGUGGUCAGGGGAUGAGCCAGCACUGGCCACGCCAACCUUAGAAUCAUGAACUGUAGUCACAGAUGGGAAGGCGGCCUUUUGCCUGCCCUGGCCAUGCCCCUCCUGCCUCCACGCCCACCCAGCGUCGACCCUUGACCCACGAAGUGCGUAGCAUGCAGUAUUUAAAGCAGUGUAGCUACGAUCUUCUGUUCUUUUUCCUUUUUUAAUAGCAUGUGCGGGGUUCUGUUCCAUGUCUGUGUUGUGGACGUUCCGCGGCUUGGCCGUGUUAACCACACAGUGGAGCUGCCUCCCGGCUUUCGGUCAGGGCGGUCCAGUGAGGGGUGACAGCAGCUGGUCAGGCGGGGGCAAGGAGAACGGGGCUUCCCUUCCUCCCUGUGCUGGAGGGGCCGGAGGCAGGUGAUGCCUGGCAGACCUAUGUUACCAUCCUGGCCUCGGGGUCUUAGCCACACGCUGUGCUCCCAGCCUUGAGCAAGUGGCCGCAGGGCCCUCCUCCUGCCUGAAGGGGCGGGGCACGUCCUCCCUGCGUCACCAUCAUUCCUUGGUAUCUGGUGGAUGCAGUUGGCUUGGGGACUGUGGUUUCCCGGGCCUUGUGGCAGGGUUUCUCCCGUGGGUGAAUUUGGUGUGGAAAGCGUCAGAGGCCCUUCUGAGGUGGAUGCUACGUCCUCUGCACAGUAUUCUAACCUGGGUCUCCUUGUUGCGUGGACUCUGCGGUUUAGGUCCUUGGAGGUGUGUCCUUCGCCCUCGUUGGGGUUGUCUGUCUGUGUUCCUGCAUUUUUCUGGGGCUGUGAGCUGGAUCAAUGGGGCCAGUCUCCCCUUUCCCAGUCCUGGGGUCAUUUUCCACAUUCCUUCCAGCCCACCAGUCCUUUCUGGAGCCCUUUUUGGACCUUUAGAGCCACAGAUGGUAGGACCAGCCUGAGGAGCCACAGUCAGUAGAUCGUGCAUGUGUGAGCACCCAGUUGCUGGGGAUGGCGGCUCUCCCAAGACCUCUCCUCCCGUGUUUGCCAGAGCUCCUGUCUGCCCCACCUGCCUUUGCCCGUCAUCGAUGAUUCGGGCAGAGCCAGAUUCGUUAGGUCCCUGGAGGAAGGACUGACUGGACCAGAGGGACCCUCCAGCUCAGGGUCCCUCAGGAGGGUUGGGUCCCUGGGAGGCCAGCAGCCAGACCACGGAAUCCACAUGUGGAUCAUUGAAAGUCAGUCUUGUCCAUCCUAGACCUUGUAGGUGGUGCCCGGAGUAGGGGAGUGAGCCUGUGCUGGCCGAGGGCUCAGAGCUGCCCCCGCCUCGGUGGCUCUUGGGAUGUGCUUGGCCUGCCCUUGGCCCAGUGCUGCAGACUCCAGUGGGCCUGGUUUCUGCAGAACAUCCACGAUGGCUGCCGUAGAGUUCCCAGUAGAGAUGAAGCUGAGGAAGAGGCUGUGUGUUUUGGCUCUGGCUUAGACCAACCAGAUGAGCCUCCUGCAGCUCCCUUUCCCUGCCUGUCUGCUUACUCGUGGCCACAGCUCACUCAUUGCCCUCAGCAGCCCACCCAAGGCUGUGUGGAGGGGUAGGUUCAGGGUGACCAGGAAGUUGCCAGAAGGGGCAUGGAUGUGAGGCAGAUGUGGAUGUGCUUAGAAGUGGUUCCGGUCCUUGGCGCUGGCUGCUCCCGGCUGUCCCCGACUGCAGAUCCUGCGUGGGCUGUGAGCCGGCUGCCAGCACUGGGUCCUGGGUGGUUGUGUUUGUCCCACUUUUCUUUGUUUUUUUCUCACUAAAAUGAUCAUGAAGACAUUUGAUGAGGAGAAAAACACACUGCGAUAUUAAGUCAGAAAUAAUUUGUCAAAAUUGGACCUCUCCUAAAAGAAUAAGGGACUCACUGUUUGGCCCAUCCUGAGUAAGAGGCAGUGAGACAGUGAGAGCUUCCAUGCCACUCAACAUAGCAACAAGGUCAGCCUGGGAGGCUGGCCAUAGGCAGCCUUUGCAAUUUUUAUCAAUGUAACUUAGGAAGUGAGUUAUUUUCCCCCAGACUGGCCAAGAGCCAGGUUCUAAGCCCGGAACUAAGGUAGAAAGCUGCCUGUCCAGGGCUGGAUCAGCCCCACAGGCCCUCUGUCGGCUCACACAGCUCUGGCUAGAACCCUUCACAGCCCUUUGGUACCAUCAGAGCAGGCCGCCUGCCAGGUGGGUUUUCAGUUACAGAGUCCAAUGGACCAUUUUUUAGAACCCUGCCGCUCUCCAAAGAGGGUGGGGUAGGGCGGGGGAGAGGAGCAGGUCUGAAGGAUUGUGGAACCCAGUCCCCUGCAGAAUUUGUAAGACCUAAAUAAAUAAAUCAUGCCCAUGACAAUUCUCACGGUAGUGAUUGUGAUUGGAAGACCCCCAGGAACCGCAGACCCUCGGAUCUGGAGUUCCUCUCACUGCCUGACCUGGAAACAAACUCUGUUUUCCCUGUUCUGCACUGUUGGCUUUAAGACCUGGUCUUAAUUCAAGGAAAAAGAUACUCCUGGGUUUUAUUUCUCUGUUUUCUUGAGUAGACCAUGAUCCUGUCAAUUAAAAGAGGUGAUGAGUCCCUGGGGGCAGCUUACAGGCUUCCCUGUCCACAUGCUAACUGACCAGAAUGCCCCAACACCCCAGCCUGCUGGUGGCAGUGACAGGAGCUUCCUGCCUCCAUACUCUUGGGCUGCGGGCGAUGAGUGAGCGAGUGCGGCCUGGGCAUAGAGCAGCCCAUCAGGCGCGGCUGCCAGGGGCCUGCUGGGGUCAUUGUGCUUCAGGGCCUGUCUGGCUCACGAGGAGUCCAGGUAAUACGGCCAGCCCCGGACCUGCAGGAGGUGUGGGAGUGGCUUCAUGGCCCUUUCACAGCAGCUGCUGGUGUGGAGAUUUGUCCCUACUCGGUGACCUGGGAUUUUUGUCUUCCUUUUGGCUUUAUUUUUAAACUGCUUUAGAUAUUACUGUUCAGUGUUUAUGAACUUGCCUAGUUCUGAUGUUAUGUUAAUGCAGCCGGCACCCAGUGGGGACCUAUUAGAAAAAGAAACUGGUGUGUGUGCACGCCUAGCAGGACACGUCAUCUCCCUGUCUGCUGUUGCCACUGUCCAGGGAAGACCCUGGAGCCUCAGGUGGCUGAGACUGCUCUCAGGUGCUGCGUGUCCCCUGCCAAGCCCAGGGCACCUGUUCGAGCUGGGCCGGGUGCUGUGGCUGGAGGGUCUGGAUGCUGUGGGCAGAGCUCAACUGGGUCUUGUCCACCUCCCUUCGCUCUGACUCAGUGCAUCCUACUGUGGGGCAUCUCCUGAGGGGACACCAAGUGACUGAUCUCACCCUUUCCUAGUAUUUGGAGCUGUGAACCCAUGUGGUGCAGAAUUGACCCGUACCUGUUAUUUUGAUUGUGAAUCAUCCUUCUGUGGAAUUGGCAAAAGCUACAUUUUUACUGUCCUUACCAGCAACGGUUCGCGUUGUCAUAUGCUGUGAGUGUGGGCUGUGAUGUGUCCAUGUGUGUACAUAUGUGUAUAUGUAUAUAUCACGCAGCAAGCGUGUCGUGCUGCUGUCAGCGGGCAGCAACAAGUACAAUAAAAGGCGGCUCUCAAAUGGCCUCUGGUUCUGGACGAGUUGGGCAGGGACGUGCAGGAGGCCUUCCUGGCAGGUGCACAGAAGGGCCGGCUGAGCCCACUGUGUGCAGUGUGCAUGUGCCCAGGGCACUGCCAUGACCCUACCAGUAUUGGCCUCUGGUCUGCGGGGUCGGGUGCCCAUCCUGGGGGCUCUGUGUCCCGUGUGAAAUCUAGGAGGUGACUGGAAACCCUUCCCUCCCUUGAAACAUUAAAGCCAAUUUUCUAAGCAACAGAUACAAUCAGUGGCAAAGCUUCAUCUGGAGGGCAGCCUGGGAAGGGGACCUGUCCUGGCCCCAGGUCCAUCCCAGAGGAGUUCACACAGCACCACACUCCAGAUGGGGCUGGGCUUGGGGUCCUGCCAGCGGCACCUUUUGGUAGAUUUUGUUUUCCUGGAUAUUGGGGAGAUGUUUCAAGCCAGGUGGGGGAAGAAGUUAACACUGAAGUAUGUAUUGUUUUUAAAAAUCCAGUGCAAACGCAUGGAAGCUGCUUGUCCAUGCCCUGGUUUUGUUGCUGGCGCCCUGGAGUCCGACCGUGUUAGGUGCAGGUGCUGUCGGUCCUCUGGCUGACCUGGCCCGGGCUUACACUUCCAAGGGCCAGGCUGGUUUCGCAUGGUGAUCUCUGUCUUGUAUGUCUGAAUGUUGGCCUAAAAUAAAGAUCACGUUGUAAAACAAA